AUGGUCGUCGACACCACUUACUACGACAUCCUCGGUGUCCCGCCGACGGCGACCGAGCUUGAGAUCAAAAAAGCAUACAGGAAGCUCGCCAUCACCACCCACCCAGAUAAGAACCCAGGAGAUGAGACUGCACAUGCUCGAUUCCAAGCGAUCGGCGAGGCCUACCAAGUCCUCAGCAACGAGGAACUGCGGAAACAGUACGAUAAAUAUGGCAAGGACCAGGCCGUUCCUGGCGGGGGAUUCGAGGAUCCGGCCGCGUUUUUCAGCAUGAUCUUUGGUGGUGAUGCGUUUGGCGACUACAUCGGAGAGAUAUCAUUGAUGAAGGACUUGACCGCGACCAUGGACAUCACAAUGCAGCAAACGGAAGAGGAUGAGCUGGCCGAGUCUACGGAAGAGAAAUUAAAGAUUCAUGAAGAUGGUACGGCACAGGGACCCGCAUCCGAGAAGUCCGGCGUGAGUUCGGGGACGAGCACCCCUCGACGAUACUUGGGGCAACAAGCGAUCAUGGACAAGCCGGACGAGGAGGCCCGGAUGGAGGCGGCAGGGGUUACACAAGAAGAGAAAGAAUUGCGCAAAAAGGAGAAGAAGAAGGGCGGCCUCACCAAGGAGCAGCAAGACCGCCUGGCCGCGUAUGAGCAAGAACGCCGGAAGGCGCGCGAAGAGCGAGUCGAGACCCUCUCCCGCAAGCUCAUCGAUCGUAUUAGCGUCUGGACCGAGACGGACAAAAGCCCCGAGGUCACUCACGCAUUUGAGGAAAAGAUCCGUCUCGAGGUUGAGAACCUGCGGAUGGAGUCGUUUGGUCUCGAGAUCCUCCACGCGAUUGGUGCUACCUAUCUCCAGAAGGCCACGUCUUUCCUCAAGUCGCAAAAGUUCCUUGGUAUCUCCGGUUUCUUCUCGCGAUUGAAGGACAAGGGUAUGCUGGCCAAGGAGACUUGGACCACCAUCUCGACAGCAAUUGACGCUCAGAUGACGAUGGAGGAGAUGGCCAAGCUGGAAGAAAAAGGUGGCGCCGACUGGACCGAUGAGAAGAAGGCCGAAUACGAAAAGAAAGUGACGGGAAAGAUCCUGGCGGCUGCGUGGCGAGGCAGCAAGUUCGAGAUCCAAAGCGUGCUGCGCGACGUCUGUGACAAGGUCCUGGGCGACAAAUCCAUCAAAUUGGAGAAGCGGAUUGAACGUGCUCACGCUUUGGUCAUUAUCGGCACAAUCUUCCAGAAUGCCGAGCGUGAUCCUGACGAAGAAGGCGACUACAUGGCCUUCGAGCAGCUCAUGUACGAAGCGGCCGCCAAGAAGACGAAGGACGAUAAGAAGAAGAAGAAGGAAGACAGAAAGAGCAAGCACAACCCUUCUCCCAGCGCUCAUGGGACACCUGCAUCGUGA